AUGGUAACCAAGCAAUUUACACCUUUCUCUCUCUCUCUCUCUAGAGCUGUAGGUAAAACUUGCCUACUGAUCAGUUAUACAACCAAUGCAUUUCCUGGAGAAUAUAUCCCCACUGUCUUUGACAACUAUUCUGCCAAUGUUAUGGUAGAUGGAAAACCGGUGAACCUGGGCUUGUGGGAUACUGCUGGACAAGAAGAUUACGACAGACUACGUCCUCUCUCCUAUCCGCAGACAGUUGGAGAAACGUAUGGUAAGGAUAUAACCUCCAGGGGCAAAGACAAGCCGAUUGCCGAUGUAUUCUUAAUUUGCUUUUCUCUUGUGAGUCCUGCGUCAUUUGAAAAUGUUCGUGCAAAGUGGUAUCCUGAAGUGCGACACCAUUGUCCCAACACUCCCAUCAUCCUGGUGGGGACUAAGCUUGACCUUAGGGAUGAUAAAGACACUAUUGAGAAACUGAAGGAGAAGAAGCUGACACCCAUCACCUACCCGCAGGGCUUAGCCAUGGCCAAGGAGAUCGGUGCUGUAAAAUACCUGGAGUGCUCGGCGCUCACACAGCGCGGCCUCAAGACAGUGUUUGAUGAAGCUAUUCGAGCCGUUCUCUGCCCGCCUCCCGUCAAGAAGAGGAAGAGAAAAUGCCUGCUGUUGUAAAUGUCUGCCCCCCCGCCACCGGCCUGUCCCCAGAAACCUUUCUAUGCUUUGCUCAGAAAUGAUGGAGCCUUCGCACUCAAUGCCAAGUUUUUGUUACAAAUUAGCUUUUCCAUAAAACCAUUUUGAACCAAUCAGUAACUUUUAGGUUUUAUUUAAACAAAUAAGUGUAAGAGUUCAAACUUUCACAUUCUAUUAAAAUUUAGCCCUAAAAAUGACAAGCUACCUUAAAGCCUUAUUUUUCAAAAGCCCCUAUUGCUCAGAUAAAGAGUUGCCAAAAUACCUUGUGAACUAAGUUGCAUUUUUGUGCUAAGAACACUAAGCACUAAGCAGUUUAAAGAACUUUGUCUCUAAGAAGACUAGCUUCUGAAGUUAGGGAAGGCAGACGCUUUCUAACGAGUUUCACAUACAGGCAGUACAGCCUCCUGGGUGAAAUCUUGCCAAUUUAAUGCAUUGAUCAUUUAUCAGCCCAUGUUCCUUACCUAACACUGUACUGUAUAUCACAAUGGAAUGAGUGUAACAACUCAGCUCUUUGGAUCGAUCCUUUUGAUUUUGUAGUGAGAUUUUAAAAAAAUUAGUGUAUUAGUUUUUGCUGAGAUUUUGAACAGAGCUCUUCUUCAUGUGCUUCUCUGAUGAAGUCUUCUGCUCUCAAGUGGAUGUCUUGGGGUGGAGUGUGGGCAACACUUGAUGCAAUCAGAGGAUGAAGACAGUAUUUUGACAAAAUACGAACUGGAGAUUAAUUUACACUACAUUGUCCACAUAAACUGAAUGAAAGUGUCACGGGUAAAUUUUUAAAGUUAGUUUCUGUCAAAUGCAGUCGAUGAAGAAAGUCGGUAUUAAUCAGUAAGUGUUUUCUUAAGAUUUCCCUUUUUCGUAAACCUGCAGUCCCUCCCAAAAUUGGGCAUUCAUCUUCGAACUGGUCAUUCCCGUAGUUGCUAACUUAGUGCUUUUCUUAUAGAUCCCCCUCUCAAUGAGCAAUAUGCCUCCUUGUAUAAAGUCUUUCUUGAUGAUGCAUUAGUUUUUUGUAGAUUAGAUGUGCGUUCCUGUUUUCACGUUCUUUAUUCAAAGCUAAUAAGUGCUUUCCUUAGUUUUCUAGUAACUAGAUGUAAAAAUCACGUGUUGCAUCUUUACAGUUUUUUAAACAUUUUAGAUACUCUUAAACUAUGAACCUUCUUACCACCACUGUCUUGCCAGAUCCCUAGCACUGUACCUUGACCAAUGCUGCCACACACACACCCCCACCUCCCUGUGUGGACAGCUUCCUGUUGCUCUGCCUAACUGUGCUCCUUGGGUGGGAGGUUCUGUAAACCCCGUGCUCAUGCUAAUGAAGUUCUUUACAGCUUACCACUGGCAAGGAAACAAAAUUGGACCUUUCAACCACUAGAACAUUUUUUAAAUUGACAGUUGCAGAAUUGUGGAGUGUUUUUACAUUGAUCUUUUGCUAAUGCAAUUAGCCGUAUGUUUUGCAUGUAUGACUUAAUAAAUCCUUGAAUCAUA